AUCUGUUUUGGUCUGGUCAGCGGACCGCCAUACUUGACUUUUGCAAAAUGAGCUCAGGGGUCGUGUUGGGUCGCUUUAUUUUGCGGCCCGUGAGGUCCAUCAGUUGCGUGGGCCGCAGGGAGAUCUCUGGCAAGGCCCUGCGCGACCCCACCUACAAGAGGCCCAAACCAUGGCCCUACGCCGACAAGAAGUUCACGUUCUUCGACGCUUUCUUCCUUCGAGAGAGCACCACCGCUCGCAUGGACGAGAACUCCAAAGUGGUCGUCGUCGAGGGACCCGUAGCAUCAGGUACGUCUACGGUUGCCAAGAAGUUGGCCGAGGAUUUGGAUAUGCUUUACGUGCCUGACGGACACCUGGACAUGUACUACAUCAACAGCUACGGCUUUGACACCCGCACCCUGGAUCCGGAGGUACCCGAGUCGUGCCGCAGCUUCGACAUUAAGCACUUCCACCAGGACCCGAAGAACAGGAAGGUGGCAAUGAUGCAAUGUCUCAUGUACAAGAUGAGGUACAUGCAGUACAUGAAGGCUCUGGCCCAUUUGAUGAGCACCGGACAGGGGGUGGUGCUUGACCGCAGCUGCUACAGCGAUCUUGUUUUUGCCGAGGCUAUGUUCAAGAACGAAUACAUCAGCAAGAAUGCUCUUGACAUGUACUACCGAUUCCGAGACAACACGAUUACUCAGCUUUUGAGGCCUCACUUGGUCGUCUACUUGGACGUGCCUGUGCCCGUAACAUUGCAGAACAUUAAGAAGAGAGCCCGGCCUGACGAAAAGGACUCCAAAGCUUUGACUGAGAAGUUCUUAACUGAUGCGCAAGAUGCGAUGAAGAACAUUUAUCUGAAGGACAUCAGUUCACAUGCAGAGCUCCUUGUUUAUGACUGGUCUAGCCACGGAGAUGUAGAGGUGGUCGUCGAAGAUAUUGAGCGUUUAGAUUUCGACAAUUACGAGACAGAGGACACCAAACUGCGGGAUUGGAGGGAUCUAGCCAAUGAGUGGGAUUGGCACAAGUAUCGUCAACUGUACGCCGACAAAAGAGAUUGGCUUGAGACAUUCUUCAAUGUGCCCAUUCACACUGCACCAGAGCUGCUCAUUGACGGAGACGAUGCCUGGGUUUAUCACAAUGCCAUUGACAAUGCACCAGGAAACAAAUUUGAAAAGGGUUACAACGCGGAUCAAGGUGAUAAAGGAAUUUGGUUGAAGUAAAAUGUUUGUAGAAAAAAUGUUACAUGUAAAUAAAAUCAUUAAGUUAUGACAAAUAAAAAAAAUCAAAUUUUGCAUUUAGGCAUUUUCUGCAAA